GACAAACAGCGCCCUCUGGUGGUCAGACCUGAUCACCACCUUUAAUAACAACAACAGCAGAAGCAGUGCAGACGAACGGGAAGUAGACUCAUCUAAACUGCAAAAUCAGGGGGACUACAGGAGCCUCGGACAUUUCAAUCCAGGUUAAAUCGUGUUUUUAUGAAACUUGUGGUGAGCAGAGCAGCAGCAGGGUCGGCCUGUGAGUCUGAAACCAGCUCCAGGACACUCCGCGGGAACGAACGAGAAGAUGCACCAAAGAUGAACUGUUCUGAGUGCAACGCCCUCAGGAAGGAAACUGAGCAAUGCAGAGACACUGAUAUGACUUCUGGUUACUAAUCAGUGAGUGUAGGUUUGAUCUGGGAGCUUUCAGCCUCGGUGUGUGCACUGUGUGUGUGCAGCGCUGCAGCUGGCGCACUUUGUUAUGGUAACGCUGCUGCAAACAAAAUGGAGGGUAAUAAGCGGUGUUAGGUUGUUUUGUGGUGAACCUGUGUUUGGAUGCGUUUGAAAAAUGACUUACAGAGUGAAUUCAUUGAUCACAGGGAUAAAGCAGCUCUAAAUAUAGGACAGAAGCACAGUGAGGGAAAGAUCCGGGGCUAGAGCGAUGCUGCAAAGAGCUGCAGAGUAAACUCAGAGCUGCAAAACAAAGCGUCAACAUCGACCCUACCUGAGACCUCAUCAGCUGACUGUGCACAGAGAUUCUUAACCUUACCAGCUGACUGCAUACAGAGAUGCUUCACCUGUAACCUUAUCAGAUACCUGCACACAGAGAUGCUUUGCCUGCAACCAGCACCAAAGCACUAGGAGGAGGACACAGGUGCCACAACAUGACGGACCCAGGGGAUGCAGCAAGUGUCCCCGGCUCCUCCGGCCUCUGCAGCGGGGCAGGGCUCAGCUUCAAGGCGGGCAGAGGACUCCCAGGACGGGUCAGAGGUCUGUCCACCACUGCCCCGCCUGGAAGACUGACAUCCCUCAGAACCAGAGACCUGACCCUGGGGGGAGCCAUGAAAAAACCAAAGAAAACCUUUGAGCCGAACGUCCACACUGUGAGGAAGAGCAAAGACGAGUUAAAGGAAGAGGUUCGUGGGCCUCCUAAGAGGGAGAGAAGAGAAAGGGAUGAGAGGAGGAGAGAGAACAGAGGACGGAGGAGAGAAAGGCCUCAGACCAUUCAGUCUCACUCCAUCUUUGAGCAGGGUCCUGCUGACACCAUCCGCAAGACAGGUUGGCGUGGAGCUGCGGAUGCCUACGACUCCACCAGCUCUUCUGUGUGUAAGCCGGUGAAGAAGGAGAAGACCGAGUCUGAGGAGGAUGAAGAUGAGAUACUCUCCAAACUUCAGAGGGAUGAUUUCAUUGAUGACCCAGGUCUGAGGAACGAUGCAAAGCUGAAACCGAUUCAGCUGCCUCUGAGUCAAUCCGUCAGAUCCACCUCAACCUGUCCCGAUAACCCUCCUCUCUUCAGACCCCCGUCCUGUGGAGCUCACAGUCGAGCCAGCUACAUCCCCACAGAGCCGCCAAAACAAGACCAGCCCUCUCUGGCAGACCUGCUGCAGGACCUCAGCCUGUCUGGCAGAGAGGAGCUGUUCUUCAUGCAGCUACCAGACUGUAUGCCGGGCAAAGCGUCUGGGCAGAAGGUGGAUCCUGUGCUCGCAUGUACAACAGAAAAACCUGCCAAGAAGGAGAGCAAGGAGGACAAGAGGCCUGCAUAUCUACAAGCACAAGAGGCCGCUGGGAAGGAGAGCUGUCCGGUGCUGUCACAGUUUCCAGAGGGGUUUCUGGGUAAACUGCAGAUCAGGAGGUCCGGGAAGGUGGAGCUGAAGUUGGGAGAUGUAGUCAUGGAUGUCUCUGAGGGAGCUGCCUUCUCCUUCCUGCAGCAACUUGUGUCAGUGCGUCUGUCUGACGGCCGGACUGGAGACAUGACGGUGCUGGGAAAUGUCAACCACAAACUGGUUUUAUCUCCAGACUUCCAGGCUUUACUGAGACAAGCCUCACUGCCGAAGCAGCAGGGGCCCUGAUUCACGAACGAGGCGUCACUUUACGCCGAAAAACACCUCUCGGCUGCAGCUCAUGACAGAGAGUUUCAGACUCUGGGUGUAAACACUGAACUCUGGAGGAUUGCUGUUGGGAUUGAGGUUUGGACGAGAACGACCGCACUAAAGAUUGAAGAGUCUUUGCCUUGUGUUUCCAAAAAUCUGCGUUCAUAACAUGUUUUUAAAAGUUCUGCGUCCACGCAGAUCUGUGAAUCUGCUGGAGUAUGCAUGCAAGGCCAGUAGAUGGAGUAAUAACUCGUAAUGAAACACCACACGCCUUUGCACAAUGACGUUCUUUUUCAGAGCAGUGAGUACAAACUUAUAUCUGCAUAGAGCUCUGAUGUCACAGUCAAGGUGCAUUUCCAGCCGCUAGACGCGCGGUUCUCCUUAGAGGAACGGACAAAGAUCAAGAAUAUUUCACUGUUCUCUGUUGAAUAUGUUGAGGUGUAAAAAGCCUCUGAGACAGUUCUGUUAGUUCACAAACAUCAAUGUUACAGCCUGAGUAAUAUCUGUUAUCCAGACCUCUGCUGUGAGGUUAUUUCGGCAGCUAUGCAGGUUUAACCCAACAGCCUGUUUUAAUAUUUUGAUCUAUGAUUUCUUUGGAACUUGGAAAUUGGAACCUGAUCCAUUUGGCUUUUUUCUCUGGUGAGAAAAAAAUCCUAGAAAAAUAUUUUUUUACAGGUCAAAGUUUGAAUUUGUUAAAGGUUAGGUCAUCCUGUACAUAAGAAGUGGACACAGCCUCUGAAGUAGGGAUGGGCAAUGACUUUCGAAUAUUCAAAUAUUCAUUCACAAAUCCAAGAGUUAUUUAGAUUAUUUUCUCAUUUUAAAAGUACAAAUUUUAAUCGUUUUUACUGGUGCCUGUAUUCCCACCGCAUGGUGGCUAUAGAGCGUCUUACAGCUGCAUUAGCAAACAGAAGAAGAAGAAUGCUAACUGCAUUAAAUAGCAAAAGAAGAAGAACACAUGAGCGACAGCCGCAGUAAUUUUCUCAGUUUCUGAAUCUCACACUACUACACACGUAUUUCCAGUGACUCAGCAUGGCUGUAAAAUGUAAACACGCCACGCCACGCCACGUCACAUACACACCGACAUAAAGAUCGAGACAGACGCCGCCAGUGCCCGCUUCUAGCAGCACCUCGUCCUGCUGCUGGUUAACGUGACUACCACACAAACAGGCUGUUAAUGGGAUAGAUGUGUGUGUGUGUGUGUGGGGGGGUGAUUAUUCGAAUAAUCGUCGAAUAGAUGCCUAUGAUUAUCAAAUAGUAUUUUGACUUAAAAUGCCCAUCCCUACUCUGAAGCUAAUCAAACAGUGCCUUAAAGCUGUAAUUGUUGCAGUGGCCAGCAGGGGGAGCCUCAACAUGUCGGAAGAAGACAUUUUGUAGCUUAAAGCUCCUGUGAAGACAUUUUAGCUGGUUUUGAAACAGACUGAAAUGAUUACUUGUGCCUCUGUAUGAGCUAGACCAACAAAUUGUCUAUUUUGUUAUUUUUAAUGCCUGAAACUGCUGCUGGUUGAGGUGAGAGAACAGUUUUUUGCAUUUUUCAUGACAAACAUAGAAGAUCAACAUAGACAACAUAUAUAAUUUGUCCACAGGGGGCACCCAAAUCAAAGCAAAUUGAAAACUUCCUCACAGGAGCUUUAAGUGCACAGUUUUCACUAUGGCGUUAUGGUCCCAAAAAAUAAAGCAAGUGCUGUCACAUGAUGUACCGACAAGUUGCAGUAGCAGCAUGUCAACCAGGUGUAAGGGUACGCUAUUCAUCCACCCUGUCGUCCAAAUAUGGUCACUUCUGGUUCCAACAAACCCAAGAUGGAGACAUGCCCAAUGCACAACUUGAAGCUUUCCAAUUGUAGUCCACAAACCAAUGGGUGCGACACCUCAGUGGCUACAUCCACUUCUUAUGUACAGUCCAUGGAGUCCACACUCAGAAGCACAUGCAGAGUCAGGUGAAAUUCAAGGAGGACGUUAAUCUGAGACCACAGACCACAGAGGUCACCUCCUCGUUCACACAUCCUGAUCAGAGCUUCACACUUUGAGCCAGCAUUGCCAUGAGGGACUGUAUUUUGAAUCAGGUGAUUUUAUAACUGAACUCUUUUCACUGCGUGAGUGUAACAGAGAUAACUGCUCCCCUUUUUAUUCAUGAUGUCUUUGUUUAUUAGACUACAUGUAAAUAGUUGGACUGUUGCUCCAGCUCCUGCACUGAUGUACAGCUUCAAUUUGUAACUUUUGUAUCAUUUGGCAAACUUCAAUACAUUGAUAAUUACAUUCUUGUUAUCUGA